AUGACAGGAAGAGGUAAUGGCAUAUCAAACCAGAGCCCUCGAUUUAUAUUUCCGAAAAACGAUGGAGCCUUUCUCUUACAAGGUCCAUCAGCUAUGAGCUUUGUUCUUCUACAAGGACAGCAAUAUUUGAUACCAAUUUCCAAUGAACUAGUCGGCUCCUUUGUACAACAAACUCCUACUUUUAGUCAAGCGAACUUCCUGGUUAGCUCAGCACCCACUGUGAUUAAUGCCGUUGAAAAACCCGAUGUUUCUGUAGAGCUGCAAGAGCUUCCUCCUGCCCUAGAUAAAGUUAGUGAUGAACAAGAGAUCGAUGAAAAUAGAGAGUCCGCUGUUGUUUUUUCUUGUGAAAGAGCGUUUUCCAAAGAAGCUGACGACUUUAAAAAAUCGGUGAAUGCAGAUGGCAUAGUGUUACAUCAGAUAAAUGGGUUCGUCAUAGAGGAAAGCGAAAGGCCUCUCUCUCCCGAACUGGCCAAUAUUAAAAACUAUAAGGAGGAUAUACUGAAGGACGUCAUUGCACCGAAAGCAGAAGAAACACUACGGAAAGAGAGAAGAAAAGCUGUUUCUACGACGCCCACUGUUAAAGCUCCGAUUUCUCCUGUGAAACGAUCAGGACGGAUUACAGUAGAGACCAAAAUCGCAAGUUCGCCCCCAAAAUCUAUUGAGAAACCCAAAAAAAGGCGAAGUGAAUUGACUCAGUUACUAAACAUGGACUUCGGUCCGAAAGCCGGUGGUAGGAUUCUGUUGAAAACAAAUGAAGAUACCCAGAAGAAAAGAAGAAGUUUCCAUGAUAGACCUGAGAAUGAUAUAUUGGAGAAUCGAAUAAACUCAAAGACUCGAAGGUUUUCGGAUAUUCCAACUUCGCGCAUAUCCUCAUCGCAAAUAUGUUCAAAGUCAAGUUAUACUACGCCACAUACUCGUCAAACACGCCAAACUAAAACUAAUCCGAAACACUCAAACUGUACAAAAAAUCAAACCAAUAAGAAAGAUACUAACUCCAAACUUUCUAAACGCUCUCUGCCAAACACAGAUCGUGAUGAAGACUUAAACUCUAACUCUUACACCAACUUAUCUGAUGAAAGGAGCGAUGCCGAAGGGGAAUAUUAUGUACAAGAAGAAAAACCAGGCAGGACCCUUCGGAGCAGAAAAGGAAAUUCACAGAAACUGGAAUGUUCAAAAUCUGAGAGCUCUGUAUCGUCCACGGAAUUUAUUGGACAAUCGCCGAAAAAAAUUUAUUACGAGCCUUGGGGAACACCACCGUAUAAAGUCAUCAAUGUUGUUAAUCUCGUUUGUUCUCCUGGAUCUUAA